GUUACAGAACGAUUAUCUGGGCUGGUUCUCUUAUACCUCCCCCCUCUAGAAAUGUCUUUGAUAAGCUAUUCCUAAACUUUAUUUUAAAAUGACACAUACGAAAUUUUUCAUGUUCAGUAUUUUUCUGCGCGGGAAUUUCAAUUUCGUGGAGCAGCAAAUAGCUCAAAGAGAUAUUGUAUGUUUUGUACUUGUUAUCUGAAAUCAGAAGUUUAAAUGGUAAAUUAUAUGCCCCCUCCACAAUUUUUCUUGGCCCCUUUCUUGCCCCCCGUUUUUGUACAAAAGUUACUGUUUAUAAUUUAUUUCGAUACUUCCUCUGAGAUGACUGUCACUCUGUUAUCUAAACUUGUGCUUAUUUUUAGAGUAGCUCUCUUCUAUUUUGUUCAAUGCCAUCUUUAGUGCAUUUAUUUAUUAAAAAUCUAGGGGCCCUAUAAUAGAGGUGAACAUUAUUGAAAUUUUGAUUCCUUCCUAAAGUUACUAGAAAACUUUCAUUCUUGACUACCACUUUUAUCGCAAGAUACUCCCUCUUGCGGUGAGGUGCACAGUGUAAGGCAAAACCAAUGGUUUUGGUUAUGUUGGAUGGUUUUGGAAUCAUAAAGCAGGCUCUGUCUCUGAGAUGACUGUCACUGCUAUCUAAACUUGUGCUAAGACAAAAGCAAUGUAAUUGCAUAAUAUAAGAAUUAUACAAAAGCAUCCCAAUAUUAUGUGCCUCGGCCAGUUUAUAAGGUGCCUGAACUUGUUUAAUGUGGGGAUGCUACACCAUCAGGUGAAUGGAUUCAGACUUGUUGUUACAAGCCAGUUUAAAAAUGAAGCUGCUACUGGGAGGAAAGGAGCACUUUAGCAACUUAAAAAAGGAUUAAGAGCUGCCAGGGCAAUGAUAAAUCACUGUGACUGUGUUAUUGAAGUCCAUGAUGCAAGAAUUCCCAACAUUGGAAGAAAUCCUAACUUCUUUGAAUUUGUAGCACAAAAACCCCAUCUGCUUAUGUUAAACAAAGUUGAUCUAGUUGACAAAAGAAUUUUCAAGGAAUACAGAAGCAAGUUGAAAGACUUUGGCAAAACAAUAUUUGACAGUAAUUGCAAGGAAAAUAAAGAUAGGAAUGUAAAAAAGAUUGUACCAACAAUUCUGGAAUUGAUAAAGCAGGGAGAAAUAUUGACAGAUUCAGAUAAUGAAGAUAGAUUAGGGUCGUACCGAAUAUUAGUCUGUGGAAUACCAAAUACUGGAAAAUCAUCAUUUAUCAACAGUUUAAGACGGUUGAACUUAAGAAGAGGAACUGCUACGCCAGUUGGAAAAUUGCCUGGUGUUACAAGGUCCUUGAUGAAUAAAAUUCUGAUUCACCAAGAUCCAAAAAUUUACAUUUACGAUACUCCAGGUGUGAUCCCCCCACACAUCGAAGAUCUUGAAAUGGCAAUGAAAUUGUCAAUAGUAGGUUGCUUUCCUGACCGCCAAAUAGGCGAAGAUGUCGUUGCAGAUUAUCUUCUUUACACUCUCAACAAACAGAAGAAGUAUCGAUAUGUCCAGUAUUUUGGACUUCCUGGGCCUUCAGAUGAUUUCGACACAUUAAGCAUGUAUAUUGCAAGAAAAACUGGCUUUUGGGAUGGAAAUAAACCCAACUACCUAAACACAUCAUUACACUUCCUAAGACAGUUCAGAGAUGGGAAUCUUGGUACUGUAUUUUUAAAUCAAAUCAGCUAAUGAAUGCAAUAUACAUCAAGGUAUCUUUUUCCGAAUAAAACCUUUUGAAAGCUGAUCAGCUUUCUUGGAGUUCUCACAAUUUUGCAAAUAGCUGUUUUUUCCUGUAAUAUACAAUUUUCAAUAGUAUUUUGUAUUCUUAGUUAGUUUUAUAUUUUUUCACCAUGCGUUCCUUUGUAACUGUCACAAUGGUUUCAUUAUCUGCAAUUUUAAUUAUCUGCACUUAAGUCUUGUAUACAAUAAUUUCCUUAUCAACCAAAUAAGUUUUUGGCACUGCAAAAUUUGUAAUGAUGCCGAAGAGCAGAAACAUAUAAUUGGUCAAAAACAAAGAACCAAUCAGACUCCCUUUUCUUUCUCUCAAAAAAAUUUUGAUCUGCAUCUAGAAAUAAUUUUUUUGUUACCUUUGAACAUUACCUGAUGCUUAUGCUCUGAAGAGUGUCAGACUAAAAGUACUUAAGUAUGAUAUCUUUCUGCUCUUCAGUUCUAUUUUCAAAUUUCCCUAUUUUGGGAAUAAACUACAAAUCUGGCAAAGAUUCUUUGAGAACUUUACAAAAAAGACAUGUGGAAAGUAUUAUAAAUAAUUAUAUAAAUAGAUUAAACACAAUUAAAAUAAUUGGUUUUUAUCUAUAAAUGGCAUAUAACAAAUUUAAUCACAGAAUUGCCCUAUUACAUAACUUGGUAGUAAUUGGAUGAAAGGUUACAUUUAAAUUGUAAGCUCUAUUACUCAUUAUCUCAGCAAGCAGGAUUAUAUGAAGCUGAAAAAAAUUGGGCAAUUUUUAGCUACUUUUACUUGUAUUGAAUUUUAUAAUGCUGAAGUACAGUUACAGAGACACAGUAUUGGUAAUGUAUGAUGUGACAAGCCACUGCAAUAUGAAAGGAUCACCAACCUUAAUGAUAAACACCACUUUGUAAGAAGAAAGUCUGAAGUUUUUCAUCGUCUUGCAUUAGGUAUUCAGAUUUCUGAUUGAAGGAGGGCUGAUUAUGAUUGGGUUUGCAUCUGAAAAUUAGCAUGGAAUAUUAAAGUAUGAGGCCUUAACAUUUGGAUUGUGGGUUAUUUUGGAUAAAGAUGUGCAUAACUUUGAUACUCACAAGUAUUUCUGGCAACCACUCUGAUGUUUCUUAAUAAUCCAAAUGCAAUUUAUGCUACCCUGUGCCAAAAGUAGAACUAUCCUUAUCAGAGUUUUUUAACUACAUGUUGGGGCAAAUGGAAAUUUGUUCAUGGAUGAGGAGUUUUUGACAAAUUUAUAUAUGUUUUUGAAGAAAUAGACUAAUUUGAAGAAAUUAGUCUAGAACUAACUGUUUAGCUAAGACAGCACAAAUUAUUCAUAGCAAAUUUUGCAGUUGUUGCAUCAGUUAAUCAUUCAUAAAUCAGCUGCAAAAUAUCGCAUUUUCAUAGAGUUUGUGUGAGGACCUAUUAGGACCCUAAAUUUCAAGCCGACUUACGUCUGCAUAAUAAACAGUGGCAGAUACAUUUAAACUUACAAAGUAGAUAUUUAAAAGAUAAAUUAUUGAACAAAUUAUUAAAUAAUCAAACUUAAAAAGCUUAGCAUUUCUUUUGAAAAAGGCUUAACCUGGAAAUUUUUUGAGUGUUAAAGUCAGAUGAGCUUUUAUCUCUCGUGUGACUCCAUGGCUACGUCACAGCAACAACAGGCCGAGUUGGUAUGACUACCAUUCGUCCCAUCAGAGCUUGGUGACGGAGAUGGUGAGCGACGCUUUUGUUUGAUUCUCUGAGCAUUCGAGAAAACAAUCCUGCUCACCAGGUUGUCGACGUGCUUUUGGACUUCUUCACGGGUUAUUUCAUCUUUUUUAGCCAUUACGUAUCUUAACCAUUUGUUUCUUGUCGAUGCCUCCAUUAUAUGAUAAUAAAUUUUGCAGAGGGUCUCCUUCAGAUCUGAGUAAAAUUCCGCAUUCCUGAUAUGAUUAACAUCGAUUCCAUUGAGCGCUUUAACGAUGUCUUCAGUAGUGCCUCGGAAUCUCUCAACAUGUGCUUUAUUGUGCUUUGCCUCCGCGAGGGCUUCAUAAAUCUUGUCGAUCAUAGCAAGUACUGAAAGGGACCUUGAACCUUUAGAAUUACUUCUCUCAACGCUGUUUGUUGGAUGUGAGCCAUUGACAGACCCUGUUACGGCGGCGUUUUGACGUGCCAUUUUGUGCUAGGCAGGUGACUUUGGGUAGCGGCCUAAGGAGUUACACGCUGAACUUCGGUGAAUUUCCAAUUGAAUGAAAAUCCAAAGACAAAAUAUAAGGUAUUAGCCCAUUAAGAUAAAGUAAGAUUCAGCCAACUUGUCCGUGGUUGAAAUGCUAGGUUUUCGUUUACAUCAAUGAAAAGAACAGCCAACCAGGUAUGAAAAUUCUCAGCUUCCGUCGUCGAAGACUUUUACAUCCAGCAGGAGUAGUCCAGUGUUGCAAACUCGCCUGUAGUUUCCAUUUACAGAACUUACAAAGCUAUAGCUAUCAUCUGAAGUAUCCACCAUCUGUGAAAAUUUAUCUACAAGAGAAAUCUUAGCAGUUUUAAACACGAUUCAACACACACCUUUAUUCUCGAAGGUAGAAGUUUACCAGCCCGUUUUCAACAAUCUCAUACAUUUAUUGUCCAUGGACUAAUUUAUGCAAGAUGAGUGCCUUUGAUUGGUUGACUCUCGAAUUCCAUGUAAAAUAUGCAAUAGUAUAACC